UUGUUCAACUAAAAUCUUUGUCUGAAAAAGACGCGCCCCGAAGUUUCCUUUGCGUUCAAGUUUUCACAGUUCACAGCAGCACUAUCAAGAUGAACAUGAUAUUUCAGUACAAGAAGGACCAUGCCUUCGAGAAGCGUCGUGCCGAAGGUGACAAAAUGCGUCGUAAGUACCCGGAUCGUGUGCCCGUAAUUGUGGAGAAGUCCCCCAAGACCCGCCACGCUGCGUUGGACAAGAAGAAGUAUUUGGUGCCAACCGACCUGACUGUGGGACAAUUCUACUUUCUCAUACGCAAGCGCAUCCAGUUGCGUCCGGACGAUGCUCUCUUCUUCUUCGUGAACAACAUGAUACCGCCCACAUCCUCUACAAUGGGUGCGCUGUACCACGAGCACCGCGAUAAGGAUUACUUCCUCUACAUGGCCUACUCCGAUGAGAAUGUAUACGGCCAAGGACCGCUGCCGCAACUCUCCUCCGAGCACCAGAAUAAUUAGGGGCGAUGGAGGGCAUAGGCGAGGGCAGAUGUAUCGCGACCAUCACACAAGAUCUUUUAAAAGAGCGCGCAUUUUUUGAGUUUAAUUUUUGGAAAUUUCGAGUUGAGCAAUAAAUGGCAUUUUUUCUCUGAA